AUGACCACCCCCGGCGCGGCCACGCCCCCACGCUUCAAGCGGUCCUCCCCCAGGAAGAAGCAGCAGCCACGCAGUAGCCAUCGCCUCGCUGUUGACUUCGCCGCCGGAGAGGCCGAGGCUGCGCGGGCGUCCGUGGCGGCCAGGGCCACGCCAUUGCUCCCCGCAACGCCGGCGGUGCCCGCGCAGUCGGCUGGAGGUAUCCCGUUGCCUCGCGAGUUCUUCGAGGUGGACGCGCUCGACCUCGCCCCACGACUCCUCGGCAAGCUCCUGCGCCGGGACCAAGUCGUCCUCCGCAUCACCGAGGUGGAGGCUUACAGGCCAAACGACUCCGCGUGCCAUGGACGAUUCGGCGCCACAACAAGAACUGCUCCCAUGUUUGGAUCAGGAGGGCAUGCGUAUGUGUACCUAUGCUAUGGACUCCACAUGAUGCUCAAUGUUGUUGCCGACAAAGAGGGUGUUGGGGCUGCUGUUUUGAUCCGAUCAUGUGCUCCAGUUAGCGGGCUAGAUAUCAUUAAGCAGCGUCGGGGCCAACAAACCGAGAAACCAAUCCUACUUACAGGACCAGGAAAGGUCGGCCAAGCUCUGGGGCUUUCCACUGAUUGGUCGAACCAUCCACUAUAUACCCCCGGUGGAUUGGAAGUACUGGAUGGGCCAGAACCAGAGAACAUUUUAGUUGGCCCCCGUGUCGGCAUCGACUACGCAUCAUCCGAGCAUGUCACAGCGCCGUGGAGGUUCGCGAUCGCGGGCACUCCGUGGAUUAGUGCUCCAAAGAACACUCUCAGGCCACGGUGAAGAGCUGGAUGUGAGGAGAAGGGUGGCCAGAUGCACAUAAACUGUACUUUUAACAGAUAGAAGAGGGCGCACUGAAACAUUCGACAUCUAUUCUGUUAUCGUGCUAUUGGAGCAUUAGUGUACCUUGUUAACAACACUGCUUUUGUACAUACCAGAGAACAAGCAUUCUCCUCUGAUAAAUGGAGAGGGGUCAAUAUCUCCUGAUCACGUUUCAUUA